CCCAGCUCGAUGCGGUCAUAGUCGACUAUCACACGCACCUCUGCUACGAUGAGUUCGCUCUCGCCAGACCAAGUGGCGCAACUGAAGGCGCAGUUGCAUGACGCUGUCGUGUCUUGCACAGAGCGCUGCCUAUACAACUCGUCGAAAUGGGCUGCAGAACUGCUCAACUCGCUCCCAGCCUCAGACGACGAUAGUUCUGAUACAGAUGUCGACUCGCCCAUGUCGGGGCACACACCGCCUCAGACACCACACCGCAUUCCCAAAGAUGCCACUGAGGAGCGACUAGAGGCGCGAGAAGCGCACAGGUACCUCCUUGCGAAGACAUACUUUGAUUGCCGCGAGUACGAUCGAUGUGCCGCUGUCUUUCUUCCAGGACCGCUACCCAAAGGCGCCGUUCUUGCGACCUCGUCACCGAACGCGAACUCGAAGACUGCGCCCAAAGGCAAGGCGCGCGCCAGCGCAUCGCGCGUCCCAACCGCGACUGCCGAGAUCAUAGCCGGACUGAGUCAGAAAUCGCUCUUUCUCGCAUUGUAUGCGAAGUAUAUUGUUGGCGAGAGGCGCAGGAACGAGGAUAGCGAGAUGAUUCUCGGCCCUCAAGACGGCGUCAUGUCUAAUAAUGAGCUGUCUGGUAUAUCCACGAUACUUGAGCAGUGGUUUACUGCGUUGCCUACUAGCGCGCGGCAGCCGCAGGGAUGGUUGGAGUACCUGUACGGCAUUGUGCUUGCCAAGGGGAAGAACGACAAGCUCGCAAUUGACUACCUUUUGCAGAGUGUGCAUCAAUAUGAGUACAACUGGGGCGCAUGGCAGGAGCUCACGUCUCUUAUGAGCACGAACGAAGAGCUUCAGGAUUUGUCUCCACAACUGCCGCAGAACCUGAUGGCCUUUAUCUUUCACGUAACCACCUCGCAGGAGCUGUACCAAGUCAGCGACGGAGUACAGAAUUCGCUCACACAACUCAUGGCUAUCUUUCCAGCGUCAGCAUUCCUGAAGACGCAGAAGGCGCUGAUGUUCUAUCACAGCAAAGACUUUGAUGAUGCUGAGCAAAUAUUUUCAGAUCUGAUGGUCACUGAUCCUCACCGUCUUGAUCACCUCGACCACUACUCGAACAUCCUUUACGUCAUGGAGAUGAGACCAAAGCUCGCAUUCCUUGCCCAGAUAGCAACAGCGACGGACAAGUUUCGGCCAGAAACGUGUUGCGUCGUUGGCAAUUACUACUCGCUCAAGUCAGAACACGAAAAAGCCGUCAUGUACUUCCGUCGCGCUCUCAUGCUAGACCGUAACUUCCUCUCGGCUUGGACACUCAUGGGUCACGAGUUUGUCGAAAUGAAGAACACCCAUGCUGCCAUCGAGUCUUACCGCCGCGCCGUCGACGUCAACCGGAAAGAUUAUCGCGCCUGGUACGGUCUGGGUCAGACUUACGAAAUGCUCGAGAUGCAUUCAUAUGCGCUCUUCUACCAUCAACGGGCCGCGGCCUUGCGGCCAUACGAUCCCAAGCUGUGGAUGGCAGUUGGCCAAUGUUUUGGAAAAGUAGGGAAAGUCAUGAAUGGUAUUCGGGCGUACAAACGUGCGCUUGUAGCAGGUUCAUACGAUGGCGAGGUAGGCACGUCGUUUGGGGGUGGCGAAGGAGGGUUUCGCGCCGGCCUCGAUCCGGAAGUACUCUACCAGAUCGCCCUUCUCUACGAACGCAUUCGCAACAUGGCCGAAUGCUCUGCAUACAUGGAGCUUGUCCUCGCUCAAGAGGAGGGUUCAGAAGAUGAGGUGGACGGUGGAGGCGUUGGCGUGACACCGACAACGAGCAAAGCGAGACUCUGGCUGGCGAGGUACGAGUACCAGCGCGGCAUGUACCAAAGAGCAAGUGAUUUGGCAAACGAGCUAUGCCAGGACAACUUCGAGGUCGAAGACGCCAAGGCGUUGAUUCGGGAUGUGAGAGCUAGGCAGGAAGCUCACUAGGCGCGAGAGCGGGGAUGGAGUAAUGUCUUGAGAUUAGCGCAACAGUUCAUAGCAUAAGCAUUAGCGGCGCAAGGUAUGAUACCCAUUUCUACUUCAC